ACUUCAUCAUUCACCAACUCAUAAGCACCACUAUCGUUCUCCGCAAACCCAAAAUCCCUCAACCUCUCUGUCAACAACCCUAAAUCCCCUUGCGUAGUUACACCCCCAUCACUUCUUAGCCUACUCCCCCCCAUGUCCACCAUCACAGGCGCCUUCACAUUCUCCUCCUGUCGAAAAAAGGCAAGCAGCCUCUUGAAAAACUGCUGGACCAACCCGUUCAAGUUCGCGCCGAGGUCGAAGAGCAUGGAUUUCUAAGGGCCAUGGAAAUGAGGGAGGACUGAUGUGGGAUUGGAUCAACUCGGUGAAACCUUGAGCUAGUCGGUCCGCCAAGUCCUGACCGUGCCGCUAUACCUCCUCCCAUGCCUCAAACGACCUCUCUACCGACAUUCAAUGAAGAAUUUCAACCAAAUCUGUCUCCUUGUCUCUCAAAGCUUCUUCAUCUAAGCUAAAUUUGGUUUUUUCCCUUUGAUGAGAUCGUAAUCGAUAGAGUUUCGCUGUUUCCAACUCUAGCUCGUGUCCAAUUUCGUAACAGAGAGUGAAAAGGUGUGAAGUUUCGAAUAGGGACAGCUAGAAUUUAUGGUUCUUUGGGAGUUUGGAUUAGGUUUUGGUUCUAAAAGAUAAGGAGCACCGAAAUAGAACAGAAGACGACUGACGGAAAUGCAUAAUAAUGAACGAGGAAGCUUGCGGGUUGAAGAAGAACGAGGGUGAGAAGAGCGUGAGGUUGCUUGCAGCUUGAAGAAAGAGAAAAUAAGAAGGGAAAGAGCAAGCGGGGGAUUGAUGAAAUAAUAAAAUAUUUUAUCCAUCGCAAACAGUGGCUCGCCAGGUAUGGUGAAGGAGGAAGAUUUACUGUAGUUGAAGUCUGAAUUUUUUGUUAUGAAAAAUGAUAGAUGCAGGAGACUUGGCGCAGGGAUUGCGCACGAAUGAUCUAUGUGAAAAUUGAUACGGUGCGUUUCGCACGAACAAGACCCAUUCGGAUCCCUUGAUUCCCUUCCUUCAUCUCCCACCUCCAUUCUCCUCCAUCUCCGAAACUUUCCCCAGACCCAAUAUGAGUUUCUGAAUCCUAAUCUCCCGCAUCUCCCUCCUCCAUUCUCAUUGUCCUCCAUCUCCGAAGCACAGCCAAGACCCGAGAUAGGCUUUUCAUGCUCAUCAAGCGCCUCUCAUCAAGCAUGCUUUCGUACUUCUCACUCGCUGCUUUCAAGGCCAACUUUAGAUCUUCUAUUUGGAUCUCAUAAUUUUCGUUCUCACCUUGACUGAGUAACAGAGAUCUCGUGCAAGGCUAAAGCUAAGCUUUCUAUCGCCUUCUUGCUCUUCUCCUCUUCAUCCAUGGAAUUUCCCAAUUCAUUAAAAGUUUAUUUUUCUCCUCUAAUAGGGUCUAAGCACUAGAAGCUGCAAGCUUCUCAUUGUUCAAGGCCUGGGUUUUCUCCUCCUCUACAGUGUCAAACUCCGAAUUUGGAGACUCGACCUUUUUGGCCAUCUCAGAAGUUUCUUCUUUGGCCAUGUCAAGACAGCGUUCUGACUCGUCGAGAUUCCCUCUGUCUUCCAAUUGUAAUCUCCAGCAAUCUCACCUUCUCUUUUAGAGCAGCAAUUUCAGAUUCUGUAUCAUGUAAUAAAUCCUUAUUUCCCUCUAGUUGUUUCAUGACUGAAUUCAAAGAUUCGGAUGCAAAUCUGUCCAACUUAUUUGCUUCCUCCAAAUUCUAAUGGGAUCAUUUCCAGUUAGAACUAUUGAGAAAAAUAAACAAUGGCAGUUCUUGAAAUCUAUACUCCAAAUUUCAAUAAUUUUAUAACUGAUAAAAAUUUAAUAUAAAAAUUUAAAAUGGGUGGAGGAGGUGAAGUCGUCACUGUUUCGAAAAUGGGUUUCAAAAAGAAAGCUCACUGUUUCAGAAAUGAGGGAGACAAACUGGACACUACUGCUACAUACAGUCGGCUUACACAGUCGGGGCGCAGUCGUUGACCGCCACGUCGGAUUAUGUAAAAAAAAAAAAAAAAUUGGACGAAACCCGCGAAAUAAGAAAGCAUUUUCCAAACUCAAAACAGAGGGUCAUUCGGUUCCCUCUGCCUCGCGUUCGAUCAUACUUCUACGUUGGUCGGUCGUCUGGGUUGCUUCCGGCUCCAUCGUCGUAGCAUAGAAGUUCUGAGCAACAUUUUUCCAGUUCCGUUGUGGGUCGUGUUCGAUCAGCAGUUGGUAGGUUGGAAGAAAUAUUUCUCCAUCGUCCAUCGUCCAUCGUGGUGAUCGUGAGCUGCUGUUGCUUCCAUCCUUUUAGUAGCGUAGAAGAUUUGUGUACAAGAGGGAGAAACAAACAAACCCGCCGGAAACCGUAACCGAAGCUGCAAUGCGCUGAAACAGAGCUCCAUUUUGUGAAUCCGGGACCGUGGGUCUCCAUUUUGUUUGUCAGCAUGGGAAAAGGGGAAGAAAACCCAUCUCCUUCAACAUCAUCUAGCUCCAAUCCCCCAAGCUCGGUAAGUUAUGACAUUUUUUACAUUUUUGUAGAUUCAUAAACGCUCCAAUACGGCUAACACAUCAUUCUAAUUUUUAUGCUAGGACAUCCCAACAACUACUCCAAAUCCCCCAAAUUACAUCCACAGUUACUAUGGAGCAAUGCCUGCUUGGUCACCGGCUUUUAUGCCAUAUCCGGAUAUAUAUCAUUAUCCAACCAACAUGCAGAUGUUACCCAUUUGAACAUGGGAUGGGAACUCCAGUGGAGCUCAUGGAUACAAGCCCCAGAACCGAAGAAAGAGUUGGUCAAGAGGAUACAGCCAGUUUUAGGGAAACAGGAGCCCCGCCAUGUUCCACCUCUAGAGUUGAUGAACAAUGUGAAGAAGAUAGGACGAUGAAUUCACUAGAAACUGGUGAUGGCACUGCUGAGACACCUGAGUGUGACGAAAUGUAUGGUGGUGAUAUGAUUGGGGAGCCAAAAGUGGGGAUGGAGUUUGAUUCUUUUGAAGAAUUAAUGAGCUAUUAUAAGCUAUAUGCUAAGAAAUGUGGGUUUGGAUCCAUGACACAAAGAAGUGAGAGGGAUGCCGAUGGAGUUGUGAGAUAUGUGACCCUUGGUUGUGCCCGUGGGAGAAAGGCCCGGAAUAGGACGAUGAAUGUCGCGAAACCACGCCCGACAGGAAAGACUGAUUGUAAGGCAAGGAUUAAUGCCUUAAAAGUUGAAGGAAAAUUGCGGGUGACCACAGUCCAUAAUACCCAUAACCAUGGACUAAGUCCACAUAAAUCCCGCUUCUUCCGAUGUAAUCGCCAAGUUAGUGAGGCUGUAAAAAGAGUACUAGAUACUAACGACUUGGCUGGCAUCCGAAUGAACAAGAGUUUCGGAUCUCUUGUGGUUGGUGUGGGAGGAUUUGAGAACCUCCCAUUUUUGGAAAAAGACUGUCGCAACUACAUCGAUAAGGCAAGACAUCUCAGACUUGGAGCAGGUGGUGCUGGAGCGCUUCGAGACUACUUCUCUAGAAUGCAAUACAAGAAUCCAGGAUUCUUUGCCUUGAUGGAUUUAGAUGAUGAUGGGAGACUAAAGAAUGUAUUUUGGGCAGAUCCACGGAGUAGAGCAGCUUAUGAAGCUUUUGGUGAUGUGGUAACGUUUGACACCACGUACCUGACAAACAGAUAUGGGAUGCCCUUCGCACCCUUUGUGGGUGUAAACCAUCAUGGCCAGUCGAUUCUCUUGGGAGUAGGGUUAAUUUCGAGUGAGGACACCGAGACUUUUACAUGGUUAUUUCAGACAUGGCUGCAGUGUAUGGAUGGUAUAGCCCCGCCGGCUAUUAUCACUGACCAAGAUAAAGCAAUGAGAAAUGCUAUAUCUAUUGUAUUCCCUAAUAGCCGGCAUAGAUUUUGCCUGUGGCAUAUUCUGAAAAAAGUCCCGAAGAAGCUUGGAUCCCAUCGUGCCUACAAAAGUGGCUUGAAAACUCAACUAAUGAAAUGUGUGUAUGAUAGUCAAAACAUUGAGGAGUUUGAGAAAUCGUGGGAGGAUUUGAUAUGCACAUACUCAUUGGAAGAAAAUGUCUGGUUGAGUAGUUUGUAUGCUGACCGCGAGCAGUGGGUACCGGUAUUCCUAAAAGACUAUUUCUGGGCUGGCAUGAGUACUACACAACGAAGCGAGAGCAUGAAUGCAUUUUUUGACGGAUAUAUUCAUGCAAAAACUAAUUUAAAGGAGUUUGUGGACCAAUUUGACAAUGCCUUGAAAAAGAAGAUUGAGAAUGAAAUCAGCUCAGACUUCCACUCAUUUAGCGUUUCCAUUCCUUGCAUAUCUAGAUCUCCAAUCGAGAAGAGAUUCCAAGAGUUGUACACAAAUGUAAAAUUCAGGGAAGUGCAGCAGCAAGUUAUGGGUGUGCUCGAUAUGGAUCCAUCAUUACUUAGACACGAUGGUGUGACAAAGACAUAUUUGGUAGAAGAUGAAAUUCGUGUUGAGGAGUUCACUAAACAUGUUACAUACUAUGUGGACUUUAAUGUGAAAGAAUGCGAUGCUAAGUGUUCGUGUGGGUUAUUUCAGAUGAGGUGGAUACUAUGCAAACAUAUCUUGGCCAUAUUCAAGUCUAAUGAGAUAAAAUCAUUGCCAGAUAAAUACAUUUUAGAUCGAUGGAUGAAGGACAUCAAACGGAGAUACACGUUAAUCCACAGUAGUUAUGACACUGGUAAUCAACGGGAAGAUACUAACAGAUAUUCUAGUCUAUUGAAUAUCUGUUAUCAGAUGAUUACCCUUGCAGCAGGUUCGAAAGAUCAUACUGAGGAUGCUACUAAAAAGUUAUAUUCCAUGAUUGAGUUAUAUCAUCACGAGCAUCCAGCCCCUCCAAUGACUCAAACGGGUUCUGAUUUUGGUUGCACAUCAAAUGCCACAGUUGGUAGUUCUCAGCAAGUACUCAGUCCAAGAGUUGUGCGAGAAAAAGGCAGACCCCCAAGUCUGAGAAGAGCAUGUAGGAUGGAGCAUGCUUUACGAAAAGUAAAAGUGAGGACGAAUAAAACAACUGUAGAGGGAAAACGUAAAGAGACUGUCGCAGUGAGCUCAGCUCUACACAUGAGUGGAACCCAAAAUAUGGUCGGGAGUCAAGAAAGUAUGCAACUCGGGUUUGAUGGAUCACAAAGUGUGCAACAUGGGUUCAACAUGAGUGGAAAUUAAUGCAAUGAGAUAUGGGAUGCAGGAGUAUUAUUUUGUGCGGAUGUGAGUUGCUGAUUUUUACUAACUGGUGGGAUUCAGAAAGUUUUUAUGGAUGUUAAUGGAAGUUUAUUUCUAUUUCCAUUAAUCUGUGGUUUUUUCAUUGAAACAAGUUGAUGAAAGUGAGUGGCUUGGAGCAGAGGGCUCCUGCUAGUUUGCUUUGUAUUUUGUGCCAUUAAGUUUCAGGAUGCACAAUCUGUUUUGUGCAUCAUCUAACAGAGAAUUUGACAUUCUGAUUUUGUGCAUCAUGUUUCAAAAUGCACAAAUCUGUUUUACAAAUCCCGUAUACAAUCUGUUUUGUUCAGAAUUUGACAAUCUGAAUUAUCUGGUCAUGUUUCAGAAUA